AUGGUUAAACAAAGUGGUUCAAAAAAAUCAAAACAAUCACAUAAAACAGAUCACAAAAGUGAACAUACUGAAAAAAGUAAACAAGCAGCUGGUAAAAGACAACCAAGUGGUUAUCUUAUGUUUUGUGCUGAACAACGAGAACUUCGAAAAAAUGAUUUUGAAAAAAUGAAACCCAAAGAAAUUAUGCAACAUUUAGGAGCUGAAUGGCGAAAAUUAUCUGCUCAACAACAAGACGCUUAUAAAGCUAAAGCUCCUGUUAAAACACAUCAUGAGGUAUGUAAUAAAGAAGAAUCAAAAUCACAAAAACCUCAACAAACACAUACGAAAAGUGCUGCUCAUCAUCAUUCUGGUACAAAAACAAAAGGCAAUACAAUUCAUAAUACUGGUACAAAAGGUGCUUCAAAAAAGAAGACAACUACAAAGAAAAUAAAACAUGCACAUGAAAAAUCAGCUAGUCGAAAAUUAGCUCAUAAUCAUCAUGAAAAUAAUCAUGAAAAUGAUGUUAGUCCAUCAUAA